CAGGAGAAGUUAGAAAUCUCUUGUUUGGUUAUUCAAAAUUAUCUGAGGAAGAUAUUAAAAAAGGAAGGAUUUAUUGGCAAAAAGAAGAACCAGAAGAGUUGUUACAGAAAAUAUGUGGCGAAUAUAGCAAACUAAGUGAAGUUAUUAUGAGAAUUAUUGAUAAAUGA